AGCUGAUCCAAUCUGCCACAUACAAUCCGCCGCAAGCCAUGCUCCGCGGGCUGAUUCCAUGGCUGAGCCUCGCCGCUGCGUCCAAGUGCGACACGAUGUACACGAGGCCAGGCAUCAGCACGCUCGUCGCCGACGGCUCGUGCCCCGCCUCGGUUGCGUGCCUGCUCGACGCCCAGUGCAAGCCGAUUCAGUCCUUUCCAAACGCUACGACAGCGUUCAGCGACCCGCCCGGCGUGUCGAAUUCGAGCAUUGGCGAUCUCUCCAAGUACCCGCACCCGACGCUCAAGCUCUAUAACCUCCGCUACGGCAAUGCCUUUGACCGCAUCGAGUUCCCGCCGACGCUUCAGAAUCUGACAAUGCAGCACUUGACGCUCUACUCGCUCGGAAACCUCCAACUGCCCGCGGGCUUGAAGAACUGGACCAUGUUUACUUGCUACGUCUCCAAGAUCACGACUUCCGGGUUCCAGUGGCCGCAGUCGCUCGAGACACUAAACCUCAACGAAAACAUCUUGAACGACGUACCUGCCAAUAUUCCUCGCAGCGUCAAGUACCUCGACUUGUCCUUCAACAACAUCAGUGUCGUGGUGGACCACGACUGGCGCUCGCUGCGUUACCUGUAUCUCAGUGGCAUCCAAACGUUUGCGCACGUCCGGCUCUCGACCAACCUGACUUACUUCUCGUGCAGUGGAUGUCUCGUCACGAAUCUCACGCUGGACGAGGCAACCUACCGCGUUCUCAAUGCUUUGGGCCCCAACAACGCGACGGCCAAAACCGGCGUCUACGUUGGCUCGGCAACGGCGAAUGCGAGCACGUGCGCGGGCCGGAUCUUUCCGAUUUGGCAAGGCGCUGUAGAGAAUGCCACAGCAUGUGUUGUGCCGACGAUCACAAGCCCACCACCGACGACGCUCGUGCCGACCGUUGACGGGUCUAGCGGCAGCAGUGGGCUCCUUGUUGCAGUUCUCGUUGUCAGCGCCGUUGCGGUGCUCAGUUCGCUCGUGCUCGUGCUCUAUUGGCGGCGUCGGCGGCUGCAGCACUCGUUCAGCAUCGAAGAGUCGACAACGAGUACCAUCGACUUGAGCAGCCUCCAGAUGCACAAGCUUGACCGGUCCGAGCUCGUUAUCCUCGGUGACAAGCCUCUCGCGGCGGGUGGGUUUGGAGAAGUCUGGAAGGGCACGUACGCCAACGAGGUGGUUGCCAUCAAGCGCAACAAGGACAAACUCGAAAAGGGUCUGCAGAGUUUCAUCGCCGAGAUCACGCUCAUGGCCAAGAUGGACAGUCCGUACAUUGUGCGGCUCGUGGGCGCGAGCUGGAUCCGACCCAUCGACAUUGAGUGCGUUGUUGAGUUUAUGGACCUCGGCGACCUCCGCUGCUUCCUCGCCGACCGCUCGAUGACGCAGUUUACGUGGCGCGAGAAGGCGCCAGUCGUCCAGAGCAUCGUUCUGGGCCUCAUCUUUCUGCACACGUUCGACCCGCCGAUCAUCCACCGGGACCUCAAGUCGCGCAACAUCCUCCUCGACUCGGUCAAAGGCACCAAACUCACCGACUUUGGCAUCUCGCGCGAGGUGGACGAGUCGACGAUGACCAACGGCAUUGGCACGUACCAGUGGAUGGCACCGGAAGUCAUCUCGGGCACGUCGUACUCGGAAGCCGCCGACAUCUACUCGUUUGGUACGCGCUGUGGCAAUCUUGCGCAUAUUGAAUGCGCGUAGGUGUCGUGCUCUCCGAGCUAAGUACGCACACCAUUCCAUACCUGGGCUUGACCAACUCGGCGACGGGCCGCUCGGCGACACCGCAGUUUGUCAUGACCAAGGUGCUCGCGGGUGAGAUGACACCGGCUUUCAACGCGACGUCGCCCUCCUGGGUGCAGGAGAUCGGUCUACGCUGCAUGGCGCUGGACCCCGACGAGCGGCCGACGGCCUUGCAACUCUACGUGUCGCUUCGGCCACUGCUAGAUUCGCUUACACAACCAGCCAAGGCAACGUCGGCGUAGGACGCCUCGCAGGUCGACAGAAUCAGUGAGAGACCCGACACGAUCUGCAGCUGAAUGAAUGUGCUUUUCGGAUCCA